AUGGCAGAUUCAAAUACAACAACAAAUACUAAAGAAAAAGAAGAACCGGAAAUGACAAGCAAAGAUUAUUAUUUUGAUUCAUAUGCACAUUUCGGAAUUCAUGAAGAGAUGCUUAAAGAUGAAGUUCGAACACUCUCAUAUCGUACAGCAAUUUAUCAGAAUAAACAUUUGUUCAAAGAUAAAAUAGUACUAGAUAUAGGGAGUGGAACAGGAAUCUUAUCGAUGUUUGCAGCAAAAGCUGGCGCCAAACAUGUUUAUGGAAUUGACAUGUCAAGUAUCAUUGAUCAGGCACGGCAAAUAAUUGCAGAUAAUAAAUUAGACGAUAAAAUUACCCUGAUUAAAGGCAAGAUGGAAGAAGUAAAAUUACCGGUUGACCAAGUUGACAUCAUCAUUUCAGAAUGGAUGGGUUAUUUUCUUUUAUAUGAAUCAAUGCUAGAUACUGUCAUAAUUGCGCGAGAUAAAUACUUGAAACCUGGUGGUAUGAUAUUUCCUGAUAAAGCCACAAUGUUUCUUUCUGCCAUUGAAGAUGGAGAAUACAAAGAAGAAAAAAUUGAAUUUUGGAAUAAUGUUUAUGGCUUUGAUUUCAGUUCAAUUAAAUCAGUUGCGCUCAGAGAACCAUUAGUAGAUGUUGUUAAUUAUAAAGCUAUUGUCACAAAGCCAAUUGCAAUAAAAGAAAUUGAUAUUAAUACAGUUCAGAAAUCAGACCUUGAUUUUAAAGCUCCAUUCACUCUAACUACACUCAGAGAUGAUUAUAUUCAUGCGUUUAUUUCUUGGUUCGAAAUUACCUUUUCAGUGUGUCAUAAACCAAUUCAUUUCAGUACAGGGCCGCAUGCUAAAUAUACACAUUGGAAACAAACUGUGUUUUAUAUAAAUGAGUCAAUUAUUGUUAAAGAAGGAGAAACAAUUGCCGGGUCUUUGACUUGUUCACCUAACAAGAAAAAUAAUCGAGAUUUAGAUAUUGAAAUUAGUUAUGAGUUUUCAAGUGAUGCAGGAAACUUUUCUGAAGUGUGCAAAUAUAAAAUGUGA